AUGGAAUCCGGUGCCAUACCUGAUGACAGCAUCACUGCAUCAUCCUUGGAGCAUGUGGAAAACCGCGACUUCUACCGCGCACGGUUGAACUCAUUUGCCGGUUGGGGCGCCUGGGUGCCCGCACACAAGGCCGUCGGAGAAUGGUUGCAGCCGGCAGACGGGUCGGGCUCGUCCCAGGACCUCACCCCCGCACCAGGACCGGAUGCCACCUCGGCAACAGUGCAGGGACUGCUGGCCCACACGGAAUACACUCUCACGCUGACUUCUUUUGGCGAGGACGACCAGCCAAACGGAGUUAUCAACGGUACAUACACCACAGGUAACACGGACAGUGACACUCAAGUUAUGAACCUGCUGGACAGCCCAGUUGAAGCCCGUUAUGUGCGCUUCUACCCUCUGACCUGGAAUGAUGAAAUCUCAAUGAGGGUUGAGAUUCUUGGAUGCAGCACUAACAUGACAUUGAUAUCAGGACUGCGCCUCGAUGAUGCCGCGUCUGGUCAUCUCACCGUUUCCUGGACAGUCGUAGGGAAUCAUCCGAUCUCGCGCUACAGGCUCCGCUACCAGCCGGCAGACGGGUCGGGCUCGUACCAGGACCUGUGUCCCGCGCCAGAGUUUGGAGCCACCUCAGCAACAGUGCAGGGACUGCUGGCCAACACGGAAUACACCCUCACGCUGACUUCUUUUGACGAGGACGAUCAGCCAAACGGAGUUAUCAAUGGGACAUUCACCACAGUUUGCCAGGUUCCGCUUGGAAUGGAGUCUGGUGCUAUACCUGAUGACAACAUCACUGCAUCUUCGAUCAGAGGUAGUCCUAGUGUAACCGAUUACAAGCCCUACCGCGCACGGUUAAAUGGAGUAGCUGGCUGGGGCUCCUGGAUAGCGGAUAACAACAGUAUCGGGGAAUGGUUGCAGGUUUUUACAGGCAACACGGACCAGCGCACCCCUGUAACGAACCUACUGGACAACCCAGUUGAAGCCCGUUAUGUGCGCUUCUACCCUCAGUCAUGGAAUGUUCGCAUCGCCAUGAGGGUGGAGAUUCUAGGCUGCAGCAUUAACAAUGGAUUUUUCGGGUUUUGUGUUGACCCACCGACCCAAGCCAACACCAUCGGGCCCGUGUGUGACUGCCCCUAUCUGCCGGGGGAGAACUGCACCUACCCAUGUUCCCCGGGAUAUCACGUCACUUCCGGUGACGUCAUAACCAGAACAUGCACGUCAAAUGGGUCAUGGACGGAACCGGAUCUUUUCUGCCAACCUGAAGCAUCGUGCUCGAUUACGAAGUUUGGGGAUGGCGAUCACAUGCCAGUGACGAGAGAUCUUCCUCCGGUCGUCUCCCCGCCCUUCAUCUUUGAGGUCAAGGUCAACACCAGUGGGGCUGGCGUGGUCAUCCGCCUAGAAGUGCCGGGAGGAGGCGGAUACCGUAUAGAAAUCCAAUCCGGAAGGUCUAAGAGCCAGAGAGUCGGCAGUCAACGUGCGGGAGUUGCAAGGGAGGACACACCAGAUGGAUUUCCAGGAGUUUGUGUUGACCCACCUCUCCAAGCCAACACUACCGGGCCCGUGUGUGACUGCCCCUAUCUCCUGGGGGAGAGUUGCACCUACCCAUGUUCCCCGGGAUAUCACGUCACUUCCGGUGACGUCAUAGCCCGAACCUGCUCGGCAGAUGGGUCAUGGACGGAACAGAAUCUUUUCUGCCAAUCUGAAGGUACGAAAUAA